AUGGCCCCAGAAAGUUCUAGAAGAAACUGUCUCCCCGGAAGCCAGAAGAGCCCCCUCCCGGCAGCCGUGGUCAACCCACCUCGCACAAGCGGCCCUCGCGCUCAGACGGGAGACCAGCUCCAGCCACCGCCCCCCGACUUCCUCCGCCCGGUCCUGCCCCGCGCCCCUGGCCUCUUCGCACUGCCCACCGCUGCCCCUCGUCAGGGUCCCGGGGAACCCUGGCUGCCCCGGAGCCCAGCCGAGCACGCGAGCCCACUCACCGAGCUUCCCACAGCCACUGCGCACGCCCCGCAGCCGCCGCCACCAAACUCUCCCACCACAGCCCUAGUCCCGCCCCUUCCCCCACGGCCGGAAACCGGAAGCACCCUCCGGACCCCGCCCUGCUCCCAGCUGCAGCGAGGCCCGGGCGGCUCCUCCCACGGCCGCUCUCCGCCCCGCCCCCGAGCCGAGGCUCAGACGCCCAGAACUAGGGAAGCGGCGAAACCUCGAGGCCCGGCGUCGGCUCCUCGAGAGCGCGGGGAGGUGGGGCGGAGCUUUAGCGGGAAGGACAGAGGCCGCUUCUCUAACCCGCGCGGUCAUCCCACGUCUCUGUGGUCUGGGGAGGGAGCGGAGCCCAGCCGUGGGGCGACGACGGGGCGGGGCUCCCCGCAUCCUGACUCCGCCUUCCUCCCCUUGUCGGCCUCUUCCCCUUCCCCCGACUCGCCCCUGCGGAGGAGUGGGUGGGUGGGGAUUCUGGGCGAGAGGCGGAGUCACUGUUGCUUCGGCUGGGCGGCGCAGCGGACGGAGGAUCCUGGAGCCCCGGGGAGGGGCGCCACCAGGGAAGGAGGAGGAGGUGGAAAGGAGGAGACGCCCUCUCCGCCCGAGAACUCUCGAGGCUCUGACCCCAGAGGCUAG